AUGCCACCCAAAACAAGCUGUAAGGCUUGCCAAAAAAAGCGGGCAAGGCGCAAGAAGAAUAUCUCAAAAUCUGACAGAAAAAGAAGCGCAGGAGGAAGGAAAGUUACGCAAUUUACAUCUACAAAAGUACUGAAGCAGGUACAUCCCGAUACGGCUUCGUCAACGAUAUUUUCGAACGUAUCGCUGCGGAAGCUUCCAGAUUGGCACAUUACAACCAAACGUGCCACGAUAACUAGCAGAGAAAUUCCAGACAGCCGUACGACUAUUGCCUACCGGGAGAAUUGGCCAAGCACGCAGUCAGCGAAGGUACCAAAGCCGUCACCAAGUACACCAGGUUCAAAAUAA